UACAAAUGGUUUACAGUUUAUAACGAUAUUGAUACACAAGUAUCAAUUGUUAAAAAUCAUUGAAUUAAAAUAAUUUUAUAAUGUCAUUAACUAGUGAAUACAUAAUUGCACCAUGGGAAGCAGAAACUUAUGUACAAAGUUUAGAAAUGACGGAUUUGCAUGAUAUUUGUACAAAAAAAUGGUUUGAAUUUCAUAAAAGAUUGAUCCUAUUAAAUCAACAAAGUGUUCUUGAAAUUAAUGAAUUUCGAGAGGAGAGCAUCAAAGAAUGGUUUGUUUGUUUAAAAAAGAUACCAAUUUUAAUUUACGAAGCAAUUCAAAUAGAUAUAUGGAAGCACAAAGUAUUUCCAAUUUUAAUUGAAUUAAACAACGAACCAGAAAAUACAUUCAUGUUAUUUAGCGUAUUUUAUCAUGAGAAUGUAGCAGCUUCAUUAUUAGAAAAUGUUUUAUUUCAUUGUGAGAGUGCAAUUACGAUGGAUGAUACAGUUCUUGAUCUAAUUGAUUAUGCAGUUAAAUGUGUGACUGUUCUUCUUAAUAGAAAUGACGUUGAAAUAUAUGAAAAUUUAAAAGAUUCUAGUUCUUGUUUAGAAGAAAUAUUAGAAAAGAAAAGAGAACUUGAAUUUGACAUUGGAAUGAGAUGCAUUUCAAUUUUACGAUAUUUAGCUGAAUAUUUAGAUAGUUUACCACUUAGUGCAAUUUUACGAAUGUUAUCCAUACAUGAUAUUCCUUAUUUACUUGUUCAAUUAAUAGAAAAUCAUCCCUGGUCAAAAAAUGAUUCUGAAGGAAAUGUUCUGUUAUACGAUGGAAAAUGGAACAAAGUUAAAGAUGAAGGUAAAAUUUCAAAAAUAGAAGCACAAAUAUGGUUUGGUUUGCGUGAAUUACUUCUCAAUCCUAAAUGUGCUCCAUAUUAUGAAAUUACUGAAUACAGAUUAUCGAAUUUACUGAAGUUACAAAAAUAUUUGCACGAAAUCGUAUUGGAUCAAAUUGCACCUCUAAUUGAUCUUAAGAGAUGGUUAAGUUAUUUAAGUAUGUCAUCAACUUCGUCAACCACAUCUCGUCCUAUUUAUGUUGAAGUAAUUCCUCAGAUGAAAGAGAUGAUCUUAAAAAAAUAUAAUAAAAAGUGGAAGAAAUUAGCCAAACAUCAAGCUAAGUCAAUAUUUACCAAAGACACCGAUUAUAUUAAAAACUCAGCACAAAUUUUAAGCGAUGCUUAUGAUCUGGAUAAAUUGGAUUGUAUUGAUGUUAAAAAAUGUUUCUCUUGUCAAGAGCAAGCUAAAAAACGUUGUUCCAAAUGCAAAGAGGCGUGGUACUGUGGACGGUAAUUUUUAAUGAUUGAUUAAAGCAAAAUAUAUUUGAAUACUUAAAUGAUUAAAUUGAAAAUUGAAUAUUCUUUGCAGAGAAUGUCAAGUAAAAGAUUGGUCUAAUCAUAAAGAUAUUUGUGAGAAAAUUACUAAUGGUAGA